AACCAGUCAAAGGAGGGAACAACACUACCCGGAGACGCGUGUGUUCGUAUGGAGCUCGACGAGCCGGAACAUUACGGCUAGGCGACAGAGAGUAAUGUGGAUUUGGUGGCGGAGGUACAAUUUAGUUUCAGUCGAGCGACCAAUCUCACUGAGUGGAAGUUACAGUGAUCUUUAAUAGCAAGUGCAUAGGUUCUAAGGACUGUCCUUUUGGUGUUUUGUGCUAUUCAGUGGAGAACAUACUUUUUUGUGAUUAAUACCAAAAUAAGCAAAAUCAAUCAUCCAUGAUGAUGAACGACGCUGCCGCCCUGGCGGGAAUGAUUCCCUAUGACUCCAUAGGUCUCUACGAGCAACCCAAGCCGCGAUUCAUCUUCAAGAUGCCCAGAGUUGUGCCGGAUCAAAAGUCCAAAUUCGAAAGUGACGAGCUCUUCCGUCGCCUCAGCCGCGAAAGCGAGGUUCGGUACACGGGCUACAGAGAUCGUCCACAGGAGGAACGCCAAAUACGCUUUCAGACUGGAUGCCGGGAGGGCCACACUGAGAUAUCAUUUGUGGCAUCCGGUACGAAUCUACAGCUAGUUUUUAACGCCAAUCACGGUCCAUAUUUACCCGAGAGAGAGUGUGAUUUCGACAAGGAGCACGGAAAGGUCCACAUAAAGUCACAUUUCAUCAUGAAUGGAGUCUGCGUGAGAUUCCGAGGGUGGCUCGACCUGGAGCGUCUCGACGGGGUCGGUUGUCUGGAGUACGACGAGCGACGGGCUGCCCAUGAGGAUGCGAUUCUGCGCGAUCAGAUCGAUCGAUACAACCAGCGAUUGCGGGACUUCGAGGACAAGCAGCGGGCAUAUCGAGGCGACAGGCAGGAUGAGAUGGAUCAAGUGAGACGUGGCGUUCCGGGCGGGAUUGGCGUUGGUGUGGGUGGCGGCAUGUGGAGACGAUAAAAGCCAAUUUAUUCAUGCUCACAAUCCUAGAAGAGAAGAGAAGAUGCACAGCCACUAUUAGCACAUGAAUGUGAAUUUAUUUUGUUAUGUUUUGUAUAUAAAAUUCAGUUUUUUUUAUUGUGUCGCCACUUCUGUAUCAUCUUUUUCUUUUCUUUUCCUGUGAAAACAAGAGUCGAUAAUUCUAUUUAUCACCUUUCUUGAGAGACUUUGCAAACGAUCUCGAAUGAGUUGAAACACAUCUGUAACUCAAUUGUACAUUUAUAUUUUAAGCAUAAAAAUGAUGAGUUUGAAAACAAAA